AGAACAAAAACUUUUGACACAAAAUAUCGAUCUCUCUUCAAUUACUAACUUCAAUGUAAAGUGUAAUUAGCAGAUCUCUCAAACACAGAACAGCAAAAAAAACUGAAACAAAGAGAUGGGAUUUAUGAGAGAAAUGAAAAGUUAAAAACCGUGGCAAAACUUAUUACCUGUGACAGAUAAAAGAGGCUUUCUCACCUUGAGUUGCUUGUCGAAAGGGAAAGAAGAAGCGAAAUGAGAAAUGGAUUGAAAGGAGAGAACAGCAGCAGCCAUAUUUUGCUUGCAAAGCCUCAAGAUUCGUAAUGCAAUUGGAUCCGCUAGCUAUAUCCAAGCUCAAACCAUUUUCUUUUUUCCUAAAAUUGCUAGUUUACACCAUUUUUGGGAGCGUGCAACCACGCGCCGAAUUCAAGGAAAUAAAAGAGUUGAAAAAAGCAGUUGUUUUAUAAACGGUCCCAGACUCUUCGUUAGUCGGCAAAGAAAAACGAAUCAACAAACUGUUAGCUUUUUUGGUUGAAACUUUCUUUCCCGCGUUUCAAAAACAGAGAUCCCCUGUUUAUCUAUGGCUAAAACGGCACCAAACUUGUGUUUCUCUCCUUUAAAUCAAAACCAAAAACGUAAAGAUAACUUUUUCAAUUCUCAAAAUGGUUACUUUAUCCAUAAACCUUCUUCAAAAUCCACUCUUUUGUCUCCAAUUUUCAGCUCUUGCACCCCUAUCCAAAUCUCAGUUCCACCAACAAAAGCCAUUGAUUGCCAAGUUAUGGAUUAUAAUGCCAAAAUCUUUCAGUUCUGUCAAUUGGGUAGUCUUCAAAAUGCCAUGGAAUUGCUUUGCAUGUAUCAAAAAUCUGAACUUGAAUCGAAAACGUACUGCUCAAUUUUACAGCUUUGUGCUGAUUUUAAAUCAUUGAAGGAUGGAAAAAAGGUUCAUGCAGUCAUUAAUUCUAAUGAUGUUGUAGUCGAUGAAGUCUUGGGCUCAAAGCUCGUAUCCUUUUAUGCAACUUGUGGGGAUUUAAAGGAAGGGAGGAGGGUUUUUGAUAGAAUGGCAAAAAAGAAGGUUUUUUUGUGGAAUUUUAUGGUGAGUGAGUAUGCGAAAAUUGGUGAUUUUAAAGAGAGUAUUUGUUUAUUCAAGAUGAUGGUGGAAAAGGGAAUUGAAGUGAACUCUUAUACUUUUACUUGUGUUUUGAAAUGUUCAGCAUCUCUAGGAUGUCUAAACGAAGGUGAAUGUAUUCAUGGGUAUUUGUUAAAAUUGGGUUUUGGUAGUUGUAAUAGUGUUGUGAACUCUCUUAUCGCUUUUUACUUCAAGGGCAAAAGAGUUGAAAGUGCCUUUGAACUGUUUGAUAAAUUGAAUGACCGAGAUGUUAUAUCAUGGAAUUCCAUGAUAAGUGGUUACGUAUCAAAUGGUUUUGCAGAGAAAGGGCUGGAGAUCUUUAAAGAGAUGCUGUAUUUAGGUGUUGAUGUGGAUUUGGCGACUGUUGUCAGUGUUCUUGUCGGUUGUGCAAAUUCCUGUACUCUUUCUUGGGGGAAGGCUGUUCAUGCUUUGGCAACAAAAUCUUGUUUUGAGAGGAAAAUCAACUUUAGUAAUACUUUACUGGAUAUGUAUUCAAAAUGUGGUGAUCUGGAUAGUGCCCUUAGAGUUUUUGAGAAGAUGGGUGAAAGAAGUGUUGUGUCAUGGACUUCCAUGAUAGCAGGUUAUACCCGGGAUGGUCAGUCUGAUGGAGCUAUCAGAUUGCUCCAACAAAUGGAGCGGGAAGGUAUUAAAUUAGAUGUAGUUGCUAUCACAAGCAUUCUUCAUGCAUGUGCUAAAAGUCGCUCAUUGGACAAUGGCAAGGAUGUACAUUAUUACGUAAAGGCAAAUAACAUGGAAUCAAAUUUAUUUGUAUGUAAUGCCCUCAUGGAUAUGUAUGCUAAAUGUGGAAGCAUGGAAGAUGCAAAUUCUGUUUUUUCUCAGAUGGCUGUGAAGGACAUUAUUUCUUGGAAUACCAUGAUUGGAGGUUACUCAAAGAAUUGUCUUCCUAAUGAAGCUCUUAAAAUUUUUGCUGCAAUGCUCAAAGAACUGAAACCUGACAGCAGAACUAUGGCAAGUAUUCUUCCUGCUUGUGCCAGCCUAGCUGCUCUGGAAAGAGGCAAAGAGAUUCACGGUCACAUACUGAGAAAUGGAUAUUCUUCAGAUCGACAGGUUGCGAAUGCACUUGUUGACCUGUAUGCCAAGUGUGGAGUUCUAGGUCUUGCACGUUUACUUUUUAAUAUGAUUUCUUCCAAAGAUCUAGUCUCAUGGACAGUGAUGAUUGCUGGAUAUGGCAUGAAUGGGUUUGGGAAUGAAGCUAUUACGACCUUCAAGAAGAUGAGAAAUGCGGGAAUCAAGCCUGAUGAAGUCUCAUUCGUUUCUAUUCUGUACGCUUGCAGCCAUGCUGGACUACUUGAGGAAGGUUGGAGAUUCUUCUACAUAAUGAGCAAUGAUUACAAAAUUGAGCCUAAAUUGGAACACUAUGCCUGUAUGGUAGAUCUUCUUUCUCGGACUGGUAAUCUUUCAAAGGCAUAUGAAUUCAUUCAAAGAAUGCCUAUUGCACCAGAUGCCACAAUUUGGGGAGCUCUUCUUUGUGGUUGCAGGAUCUACCAUGAUGUUAAAUUAGCUGAGAAAGUUGCAGAACGUGUUUUUGAGCUAGAGCCAGAAAAUACUGGAUACUAUGUACUUUUAGCUAAUAUCUAUGCAGAGGCAGAAAAGUGGGAGGAAGAUAAAAAAAUGAGAGAGAAGAUUGGCAGGAAGGGCUUAAGAAAGAACCCAGGCUGCAGUUGGAUAGAGAUAAAGGGCAAGGUCAAUUGCUUUGUUGCUGGAAAUAAUUCACACCCACAAUCCAAAAAGAUAGAAUCUCUAUUGAAGAAGUUAAGAAGGAAGAUGAAGGAACAAGGUUAUUUUCCUAAAACGAAGUAUGCGUUGAUUAAUGGGGAUGAAAUGCAAAAAGAAAUGGCUCUCUGUGGGCAUAGUGAGAAACUAGCCAUGGCUUUCGGAUUAUUAACCUUGCCACCUAGCAAAACAAUAAGAGUAACCAAGAAUCUCAGAAUAUGUGGUGAUUGUCAUGAAAUGGCCAAGUUCAUGUCCAAGGAAACUGGGAGAGAAAUUGUCCUGAGAGAUUCAAAUCGAUUUCACCAUUUUAAGGAUGGAUAUUGUUCUUGCAGAGGGUUCUGGUGACAAGGAGUUUAAUAACUCACAGAAAACCUUCUUUGCUUCACGCCACUGGGUUCUAACAAGACUGUCGAUUAACAUUGAAUUGGUACAUGAGAUUUUUAUUUGUAAUUGACAGCCUGUUGUAUCAUUUAAUUCACAAAAGGAUUAGAAUAUUCCAUUUCUUGGUAGAAACUAGGAAGUGUGGAAAUCCCGAAAAUGGCAUUUUAUUUUAUCAGGAAUAAGACAACCAGAGCUUUGACACUUGGGUUAAAACCUUAAAAAACAAUUCAAAAAUG